ACCUGCAGAGAGAGGAGGGAAAAGUUGAUUGGACAGAAAGUAGAGUUUUAUGACAGCAGAGAGGGACACAGAGAGCAAUGUGCUGCAGAUAUAGAGGCAGUGAAGGUUAAUUGGGCAGGUGAGGAACUCGAGAAGGAGGCGGCCGGCUGUGGGAACAUUUGAUCUGCACACAGGUUGGAAACUCAAGCAUCCUUCAGUGCAUCCACCCCGGAGUAUAUAAGAGAGAGGCAGCUGUCAGCGGCACCACAAAGCCUUAUCUCUCCAUCUGCUGCAGCUGCUGCUCUAGACCUGGAUGCACAGGAAGGCUCUGCAAACAGCGAGCUUUUCUUUGACCCUACAGGACCAACAUGUCGCUCACCUCCAUUCUUUCAGCUGAGGCCAUUGAAAACGCUGUCAAGGACUGUCAAGCUCCGGACACGUUCUGCUACAAAAAGUUCUUCAAGCUGUGCGGCCUGUCCUCAAAAACGCCCCAGGAAGUCAAAGAUGUCUUCCAGAUCCUCGACGAGGACAACAGCGGCUUCAUCGAGGAGUCCGAGCUCAAGUUCUUCCUGCAGCGGUUUGUCCCCGGGGCGCGGACACUGACCGAGGCAGAAACCAAGAGCUUCAUCUCGGCAGCUGAUGAUGACAGUGACGGCAGAAUUGGAGCAGAGGAAUUCCAGAUCAUGGUGCAGUCCUGAGUUUCACAGAUGAGAAGAGCUCAAGUCUUCAGGUCUGCAGGCCUCUCCCCACCUCUGGAGUCUUCUGAUCCCAGCUUCCACUCCCAGUCAUUUAUUUUGUUUUCUACUUAAUUAUGUGUGGGCUAAUUGUUUUUUUCAGACAUGCUGUCCAUUUAAAGACAACAGACUUUCAUUGUGUGUUUUUCCACUUGGAAAACACUGUGCACACCCCACAUCUAUCAAUGAAUGACAUGAAUAAACGUGUGGAAACACA